AUGAAGCCACAGCGGUUACUUCUCGUCGCCCACUUGGCUACACUGCUCGUCGAAGGCAUGGUGAAAUACGAAAGGGCCAACGCCCCGUUUAGUAAAGCGCACAUUCAGAGGUGCAUUUCAGGAGGGCAACUCUUCCUUAGCAACACUCAUAUAACCAAGCAAAUGAGAAGAAAAAAAAAUAUACAAGUCCACACGCAAACAGCUAACGUAGAAAUUUCAAACCAAGAGGAUAUGAGCAGUCUAAACAAGAAGGACAAAAUAUCAUUCACAAAAACCAAACAAAUAGCUACGAUCGGGCCCGCAACGGAGAAUUUUGAACAACUGGAAAAGCUGUACCUUAGCGGAAUUGAUGUCUUCAGGUUAAAUUUCUCGCAUGGUUUGAAAAGCAUUAAAAAAUACAUAAUAAAUUCCUUGCGAAUUAUAGAGAAAAAAUAUAAUACUUCUAUUGGCAUUUUAGGAGAUAUCCAAGGGCCAAAAAUACGAAUAGGGGAAUUUGAAAAAAGUGAAAAAAAUGCAAUGGAGAAAAAUACCUUCGUCGAAUUGAAAGAGGGAGAUAUUUUUUCCUUCGACUUGAUAGACAUGCCUGGAAAUGAAAAAAGGGUGCAACUGAACUAUCCCGAAUUGUUAAAAAAUGUAAAAAGUGGACAAAUGAUAUUACUAGAUGAUGGAAACUUAAAAAUGAAGGUCAUCGAAAAUCAGUUCGAAGAAUCCAAUAUGCAAAAUAACUCCCUUAAAGUAAAGGUAAUUACAGGGGGAAAAUUGUACAGCAAGAAGGGCUUCUGUAUUCCUAAUAUGAUCAUGCCUAUUGAAGUUUUAAAUGAAAAAGAUAUUAAGGAUAUCUUGUUUUGUAUUAACGAAGGGGUAGACUUCUUAGGUUAUUCCUUUGUUCAAACAAAGUAUGACUUAAUUUUUUUAAAAACUAUUAUCAAGGAUUAUUACGAAAGCGAUUUCUUUCAGAACAAGGUAAAAAAAGAUAGACUUAUUUACGACGAGAAGAAGCUUCAAAUGAAGGAAUACGAUGAUCCCAACGACUUCUACAUAAAGGAGGUAGAGGAUUAUUAUCAACAUUAUUACUUGAAGAAUUAUGAAAAGUAUAAAAAAAUUUAUGAUGUAUACAAAAAUCAAGAUUUGCAGGUAGAUGCUGACAAAGCGGAAAAUCAGCUAGAAAGCGAUGGCGCAUAUCAAAAUAGUUUUGAUAAUGGUAACACGGAAAUUACUGACAUUAAGGCUGACAUUAAGACUGACAUUAAGACUGAAAUUAAGACUGACAUUGGGAAUCCCCCCCCAAGUGACAAUACCAAAAACAUAUUUAUCGUGUCGAAAAUUGAAAAACCAUCCGCAGUGAAAAACAUAGAAAGCAUUAUUAAUCUGUCUGAUGCUAUUAUGAUUGCCAGAGGAGACCUUGGAAUUGAAACCAACUUAUCCAACUUACCAAUUUUACAAAAAAAAAUUAUCAAUCUGUGUAGAAUCAAAUAUAACAAACCGGUGAUCGUGGCAACACAAAUGAUGGAAAGUAUGAGAUUCUUACCCUCACCCACCAGAGCAGAAGUGGCAGAUGUUGCAACAGCUCUCUACGAUGGAUCCGACUGCGUUAUGCUCUCAGCGGAAACAGCCACCGGCCAAUACCCCAUCCUCACGACCUCCACACAAAACAGUGUCAUUAGAGACGUAGAAAAUGAUUACUACUAUUAUGAAUACACACAAAGGAAAAAUAAUAAUCUGGUGAAAUGUGCACAUGAUAUGAGUGCCUCCCCCUCCUGUAAAGGAAAUUCGCAUUUUGAAAAACUGAUUUACAGCAUAAGAGAUUUAAGCAAUAACAUAAAUUUAAAAUCCAUAAUUUUAUUUUCGAAUGAAUUUGAAAAAAUACAAAAGCUUAGCAACCUACGAACAAAAGCACCCAUCAUUGUCAUAACAGAAAAUGUUGCCUUAGCUAGAAAGCUACAACUCACUUGGGGCGUCUACCCCUAUAUCUCUAAUUUAACUGACUCAAACAAAAAUGAUUUGCUAACCCUUAUUAAUUAUGGGUGUAAGGUUUCCAGGGAGGAGGGGUUCGUCAAGGCGCCGGAGGAAUAUUCCCUUGUCACCUUUACAAAAAAUAUUAACAACUCGUCAAAUUUGCUUUACCUCUGCCAACCGUGUUUGACUACAUAA